UCUCUCUCCAUGGCAAGAGGAGGAGGAUUCACGACGGCCCUUAUUGUUGUUGUUGUCCUCCUACUUCAUCAAAGUUGCAGUACUAGUGCUAAGCCUGAUCAUCCCUGUCCUGCUUCUUCGUGCGGCAAUAUCCGUAAUAUAAGCUAUCCGUUUCGAUUAACCAGCGAUCCAAAAAAGUGUGGCGAUCAAAGGUAUAAUCUCUCAUGCGAGAACAAUCAAACAGUGUUGUACUUAUACCAUGGAAGAUACUACGUACAAGAGAUCGAUUACUCCAGCUACACCAUUCGAGUUGUGGACCCAGGUGUUGUAAAGGAUAAUCACCCAUUCAUCCCUCAUUAUCUUCUAGAAUUCAAUAAUUUUAGUUCAAGUGAUCCAUAUCACUAUCCUACCUAUUUAAGUACGAAAGUGGUAUUCGUCAACUGUGAAAAGCCAGUGAAUUCUCGGUAUCAUUUUAACAUUUCUACUUGCGUUAAGGAUAAUGAGGAUGAUGGAAUGUAUUCUCCCAAAAGGUAUAGAUAUGCUGUAUUCACGGAGAGUGCAGUGGAUUUGGGGGACUUGUGCCAAGUAGACCAAAUAUCUCUCGCAUCAUGGUCGUUCGUGAAUGGUAAUCAAGACUUCAGAAAUAUUUCCUGUACAGAAUUAGUAUGGGAUUUUGAGCUUUACUGGCAUGGAAAUGGUUUUGGCAGACUGUCGAAGAUAUACACAAGUAAGAUUUCUAUCUCAACGACUAAAGGAUAUAUAUACAAAAGUAAGGUUUAAGUUACCUUUUUUAUUUAUUUAUUAAUUAUUGAUUUUUUCUUUUCAUCUUGUAGCUAUUCUGGGAAUACUCGGACAACCAACGUGGUCAAGUAAGUGAUAUUAUCUCUCUCUUUUGAUUUUGAUUUCUUUCUUCUUCUUUUUUUCUUUUUUCCUUUUGUUAUAAACGGAUUAUUCAUUGCGCGCAAUGUGAUAUUAUUACUAUGUUUACAUAAAAUAAAAAUAAAAAAGACAAAUACUAUACUUUCAAAUUUAGAAGAAAUACUGAGUUUUAAUUUUGUUUCCCAACACUGAUACAUGUUAUUCUUUUCUUUGUCAAAACAGUACGAUCUCGAGGACAAAUAUUUUCUUCCAAAUGUAAGGCUUCAAUCUCAAAAAGUUAUUUGCAAGCAGAUACAUAGUAUUUAAUGACACAAUUACAUAGAAAUAUUUGAUCGAUUAUCCAUUUUGUGCUUGGGGAUAAAAAUGGCUGGUCUCAAACUUUUAGGUUUUAUUUAGAUUAAUUAUGAAAUAAUGAGGAAAAUGAAAAAUAGCUUAAGUUUCUUUCCUUGACUUCUUUGACUCGAGACGUAGGCGAGUUUGGCAUAAAAAAGGACGUACGUGUUUGAUAGGUUUAGUGUUGGGUUUUGCAUUUUUUUUUUUAAAAAAAUUUAUAUAUAUAAUUUAUUUGGGAAUGAUAUUUUUGGUUG